CAUCACAUGUCAGCAUUCUGACUCCUAAGAAACGAAACAGUAACUGGAAAUGAGGAAGCUUGGAACUUCUGUUCCCAUAGUGACCUGCAAGAGUCAUGUGAUCAGAGCAUGUAAAGCCUAUUGCACACUGGCUAGACCAGCAUUGCUUGUUUGUGCUGCUAAAGGCAGAUUGUCAGCAUCAUGGCGUCUGCUGUAAGGAGGUUGAAGGGUCUUGUGGCAGCAACUUUUACUCCAAUGACCGCAAUGAGUGACCUCAAUCUUCCAGUCAUUCAGCAAUAUGUGGACUAUCUGAUUGAGAAGCAGAAUGUGAGGAAUAUAUUUGUAAAUGGUACAACGGGAGAAGGAAUGUCACUUAGUGUUCAGGAAAGGAAAAUGCUGGCAGAAGAAUGGGUGAAACAUGCAAAGAAUAAAAUGGACAGUGUGAUGGUUCAUGUGGGAUGUCUCAGCCUGGAGGACUCAAAAGAUCUGGCUGCACAUGCUGCCUCCUGUGGAGCAGAUGCAAUAAGUGCAGUGAGCCCUUCAUUCAUCAAGCCUUCCAGCCAAGAUGCUUUAGUCAUGUAUCUGAAAGAGGUGGCGGCCGCUGCUCCCAGUCUCCCAUUUUAUUAUUAUCACAUUCCCAGUCUCACUGGGGUAAGAUAUCAGGUAUUUGACCUGAUGGGUAAAAUGCAGAAAGAAAUCCCAUCCUUCCGUGGGGUGAAGUUUAGUGAUGUAAACCUCAUGGACUUUAGCCUGUGCGUCCAUAACUACAAAGAAUUUGAUCUUCUUUAUGGCGUGGACGAGCAACUUCUCGGAGCCUUGGCAUGCGGCGCACAUGGUGCUGUUGGAAGUACCUACAACUAUUUGGGUAAAACAACAUAUAAGAUGAUGGCUGCUUUUGAGAAAGGCGACUUGCUCAAAGCCCAGGAGCUUCAGCACACCAUUCAGAAGUUCAUGGUGUUUGUGUUUGACAUGGGUUGGGGCCUGCCAGAAUUUAAACAGAUAAUGUCUUUGAACUCCGGGAUUGACAUGGGCCCAGCCCGCCUUCCCUUACUCUCUUCUCUUCAACCAGAACAUCACGAGAGUGUCAAAAGUAAACUGAAAAAAUUGAAUCAUCUAUGAAAUGUUUCCCUUAUUAAAACCACAAAAGCUUUUUACUGAAAUUUGGCAGUCGCACUAUGACAGAACUUUCCUAAUGUGAACCAUGGCACUAUAUUGGUCUUCGUAAAAUAGAAAUGUUUUAUACAAACCAUUUUUCUCUCAGUCUCUGAAAAACUAUUUCCAAUAUCCAGAUUCAAUCAGGUUUUUUUUGUCACUUGUGUUAUUGGUAAUACUGCUAAUGUGACCAACAUUUCCACUAAAAUGUUCUCUCUAGAAUA